GCGCGGAGGCUAACGCUAACCUUCCUCCAGCAGCCCGGUGGAGCAUCGCGGUUCAGCUAGCAGCAGAUAAUCCGCAGAUACAUGCUAAACGGCUAACAUCACACCAACUACUGCGAACACGGUACUUUUAAGGGACAGGACGUUCUAACUAAACAGGGAUUCAGCAUGGAUGAGAUAGUCAUAGCUGGGAUAUCGGGCCGUCUGCCGGAGUCCAAUAACUUGGAGGAAUUUUGGGAAAACCUCAUCAAUGGUGUGGACAUGGUGACAGAAGACAACCGGCGGUGGACACCAGGUCUUUUUGGUCUCCCAAAGAGGAACGGUAAACUGAAAGACAUCAGCCACUUUGAUGCAGCCUUCUUUGGAGUCCACCCCAAACAAGCCCAUACCAUGGACCCCCAGCUCCGCAUCAUGCUGGAGGUUACCUACGAGGCUAUCAUAGAUGGAGGACUGAAUCCGUCCGCACUGCGUGGCAGUAAGACGGGCGUCUACAUUGGUGUGAGUGGCUCGGAGGCAGGCGAGGCGUUCAGCAGAGAUCCAGAAGAGCUUCUGGGCUACAGCAUGACUGGCUGCCAGCGUGCCAUGUUGGCUAACAGACUCUCCUACUUCUUUGACUUCAACGGACCCAGCACUGCCAUAGACACAGCCUGCUCCUCCAGCUUGCUGGCUUUCGAAAAUGCCUUCCACGCCAUUCGCCAGGGCCACUGUGAUGCUGCUGUGGUUGGGGGAGUUAAUUUGCUGCUCAAGCCAAACACCUCGGUGCAAUUCAUGAAACUGGGCAUGCUCAGUCCUGAGGGGACCUGCAAGUCUUUUGACUCAUCAGGCAAUGGAUACUGCCGUUCUGAAGCAGCAGUAGCAGUGCUGCUGGUUAAGCGGUCGCUGGCUAAAAGGAUCUACGCAACAGUGAUCAAUGCAGGCAACAACACAGAUGGAUACAAAGAACAAGGCGUAACAUUCCCAUCAGGUGACAUGCAGCAGAGGCUGGUUCGAUCUCUUUACGAGGAGGCGAACAUAACUCCUGAGCAGGUGGAGUACAUCGAAGCCCACGGCACCGGAACAAAGGUUGGGGACCCACAGGAGGUGAAUGGUAUUGUUAGUGUGUUCUGUCACUCAAAGCGAGAGCCCUUGCUGAUUGGCUCCACCAAGUCCAACAUGGGCCAUCCAGAACCGGCCUCUGGUCUGGCUGCAAUGGCAAAGGUGUUGCUCUCCUUGGAGCGAGGAGUCUGGGCUCCAAACCUGCAUUUCAACAGUCCAAACACUGACAUUCCCGCUCUCACCAACGGCCAAGUUCAAGUCGUUGACAAGCCUAUUCCCACCCGAGGAGGUAUUGUAGGGAUCAACUCCUUCGGAUUUGGAGGUUCAAAUGUUCACGUCAUCCUUCGUCCAACUGAAAAGCGAACUGGCUCCACUUUGCCCCGGACGCUUCCCAGGGUGCUUCAGGCCUGUGGCCGCACUGAGGCUGCAGUAAACGCCAUGCUCCAGAAAGGGAAGGAACACGCUGCAGAUGAAAGCUUCCUGUCUUUGCUGAAUGAAGUGUCAGGAGUCCCCACUACCAGCAUGCCCUACCGAGGCUAUGCUCUGAUUGGCUGUGAGAGUGACAUCAUGGAGGUGCAGCAGGUGCAGGCAGCUGGUAGUAGGCCGCUGUGGUACGUCUGUUCAGGUAUGGGAACACAGUGGGCGGGGAUGGGCCGCAGUCUCAUGCAGCUGCCAGACUUCAAAGAGUCCAUCCUACGGUCAGACGCAGCCCUGAAGGACACCGGCCUGGUUGUGUCUCGUCUGCUCAUGGAUGCUGAUGAUACCACCUUUGAAGACACUGUUCAUGCCUUUGUUGGCCUUGCUGCUAUACAGAUAGCUCAGAUUGAUCUGCUCACUAAGCUGGGCCUGCAGCCUGAUGGCAUUGUCGGACAUUCGGUGGGAGAGUUAGCAUGUGGCUACGCCGACGGCUCCCUCAGCCACAGGGAGGCCAUCCUGGCUGCCUACUGGAGAGGCCAUUGCAUCAAGGAGGCCAACCUUCCUCCAGGAGGCAUGGCUGCAGUCGGGUUGACCUGGGCGGAGUGCCAGGCCCAGUGUCCUCAGGGAGUGGUUCCAGCCUGCCACAAUGCAGAGGACACAGUCACCAUCUCUGGUCCUCAGGAAGCAGUUCGUACAUUUGUGUCGGAGCUGAAAGAGCAGGGAGUGUUUGCAAAGGAGGUGCGUAGCGCUGGCGUUGCUUUUCACUCCUACUACAUGGCUUCCAUCGCUCCAACUCUGCUGACUGCUCUAAAGAAGGUAAUUAAAGAGCCGCGGCGGCGUUCGUCCCGGUGGGUGAGCACCAGCAUCCCUCAGUCUGAGUGGGACUCCCCCCUGGCUUCGUACAGCUCAGCUGACUAUCAUGUCAACAACCUGGUGAGCCCUGUACUGUUCCAGGAGGGCCUCAGUCUGGUGCCUGACAAUGCUGUGGUGGUGGAAAUAGCACCUCAUGCUCUACUGCAGGCCAUACUUAAGCGUAGCCUGAAGCACACGUGUUCUAUCCUCCCCUUGAUGAAGAGAGGCCACGCCAACAACCUGGAGUUCUUCCUCUCAAACAUUGGCAAAGUCUAUAUGAAUGGCAUCUGCGUGGAUGGUAGUGGCCUCUGCCCAGCGGUGAGCUACCCUGUGCCGGUUGGUACCCCUCUGAUCUCCCCCUUAAUGCAGUGGGACCAUGCCCAGACAUGGGAUAUCCCCAAGGCAGAAGACUUUUUAUCUGGCUCAGGAGGGUCCAAUUCUUCCACCAUCUACAACAUUGAAAUAAACCCUGAGUCUAACGACUACUAUCUUACUGGACACUGCAUCGAUGGACGUGUUCUCUACCCGGCAACGGGUUACCUGGUGCUGGCCUGGCGUACGCUGAUGAGAAGUCUGGGUGCUGUCAUGGAAAGCACCCCUGUAACUUUUGAGGACGUGACCAUCCACAGGGCUACCAUCCUGCCAAAGACUGGUUCUGUCCAGUUGGAGGUGAAUCUCAUGCCUGCCACCAACAAGUUUGAGGUUUCAGAGAAUGGAAACCUGGCUGUCAGUGGUAAAGUGAGCAUUCUGGAGGAUGCAGCCCUUGAUUCAUUCCAUAGUCAGAUAAAUCGGGAAUCCGCCAAGGAUAGUGACCCCAAAAUGAAGCUCAAGUCACUCGAUAUUUACAAAGAGCUGCGACUGCGAGGCUAUGACUAUGGGAAGACCUUCCAAGGCAUCUUAGAAUCCAACAACACAGGAGACAGUGGGAAGCUGCAGUGGACAGGAAACUGGGUGACCUUCCUGGACACCAUGCUGCAAAUGAUCGUGGUCGGGCUGCCGGGUCGCAGUUUGCGUUUGCCAACCAGAAUCCGCUCAGUGUGUGUUGAUCCAGCUGUCCAUCUGCAGAAAGUCUGCGAGUACACGGAUGGAAAGCAAGCUGUGGACGUCAACGUGAGCCGUUGCCUCGACAACAUUGUGGCUGGUGGAGUCCAAAUCAGCGGCCUGCAUGCCACUGUAGCCCCCCGGCGGCAGCAGCAGCAGAGUCCCCCCACCCUGGAGGAGUUUGUGUUUGUUCCCUAUGUGGAGACAGAGUGCCUUACAACCAAUGGGAAACUAGUGGAGCAGCUGAGGCUCUGCAAAGGUUUAAUCUCCAGACUGCAGCAAAAGUUGGCCCCUCAUGGUGUCAAGCUCUCCAUCCCUGGACUACAGAGGGAGUCAGACACCCCUCUUCCCAGCCCUGAGCCCUCUGAGCCCAGCCUUUUGCGGCUCUUGAGCCUGCUCUGCGGCCUGGAGCUGAAUGGGAACCUUCGCUCUGAGUUAGAACAGGUGGUGGAGAAAGAGCGGGCAUGUCUUCUGCAGGAUGGUCUGCUGCACGGUCUCCUGAACAACCCGGCCCUCAGACACUGCCUGGACAUCGCUUUGGAAAACAGCAUGCCUGGCAAGAUCAAAGUCUUGGAGACCUUCUCAAAUGACGGCCAGCUCUUCUCUCACGUGGUGCCCCUCCUCAACACUCAGCCCAUGCUGAACGUGGACUACACUGCCACAGCGGCCCACCUGGACCUUCUGUCCCCCUACAGUUCCACCCUGGAGGAGCUGGCUGUUGCUUCAGCUCAGUGGAACCCUCUGACGGCCCCAGCUCCUGGAGGUGUGGUAUCAGGGGCAGACCUGGUAGUGUGCAACCACGCAUGGGGUUCUCUCAGGACAGACGCUGGAACGCUGGUGACAAAUCUGGCUUCUGGAGCCAAACAGCACGGGUUCGUUCUCCUCCACACCCUGCUAAAGGGAGAGACUCUGGGGGAGACGGUCGCCUUCCUCUCCAGCACCGCUCAGAGCUCCAGCCAGCAAGGACUGCUCACACAGGUUGAGUGGGAGAAAGUGUUCUCUGAGGCCUCCCUCAGCGUGGUGGCUGUCAGGAAGUCCUUCUAUGGCUCUGCCCUCUUUCUUUGUCGCCGUCAGUCUCCAAGCAAACAGCCUGUUUUCUUACCUGUGGACAGUCCUGACUAUAAGUGGGUGGAAACACUCAAGGCAACGAUGGCAGAAUCAUCAGACCAUCCACUGUGGUUGACUGCUUCCCGGGCUCACUGUGGCAUUGUGGGAAUGGUCAACUGUCUACGGCAGGAGCCAGGUGGUAACCGGAUACGCUGUGUCUUUGUGUCCAAUCUAAACGAGUCUUCAGCAGCACCCAGCCUCCAGCCUGGUCAUAAAUCCAUCCAGUCGGUGCAGGAAGGGGAUCUAGUUAUGAAUGUGUUCCGAGACGGACGCUGGGGCACCUUUAGACACCAGCUCAUCACUCAUGAUCUAAGUCAAGAGUUGACAGAGACCGCCUACGUCAACGUAUUGACUCGAGGGGACCUUUCUUCUCUGCGCUGGAUUGCUUCCCCACUCCGCCACUUUGUGGCCAGUAAUCCCAACGUGCAACUGUGCCGUGUUUACUACAGCUCGCUCAACUUCCGAGACAUAAUGCUCGCCACUGGCAAGCUGCCACCAGAUGCUAUUCCAGGGGACCAAGCUCUGCAGCAGUGCAUGCUGGGUAUGGAGUUUUCUGGUCGUGACCCCACUGGUCAGCGUGUGAUGGGGCUGCUGCCUGCUAAAGGUCUGGCGACAAGCGUGGAUGCCGACAAGCGGUUCCUUUGGGAAGUUCCGGCGAGCUGGACACUGAAGCAAGCAGCCUCAGUGCCAGUGGUCUACGCCACAGCCUAUUAUUCUCUGGUGGUGCGUGGCAGGCUUCGUCCCGGAGAGACAGUUCUCAUCCACUCGGGGUCAGGAGGGGUCGGCCAGGCGGCCAUCGCCAUAGCGCUUAGCAAGAAAUGCAGAGUCUUUACUACAGUUGGCUCAGCAGAGAAGCGGGACUACCUUCAGCAGAGGUUCCCUCAGCUUUCGGCAGAGUCUUUUGCCAACUCCAGAGACACGUCGUUUGAACAGCACAUUCUGCUCCACACACAUGGCAAAGGUGUGGACAUGGUGCUGAACUCUCUGGCUGAGGAGAAGCUGCAGGCCAGUAUUCGCUGCCUUGCCAGACAUGGACGAUUCCUGGAGAUUGGCAAAUAUGACCUCUCCAACAACUCCCCAUUAGGCAUGGCUUUGUUCCUGAAGAAUGUGGCGUUUCAUGGUAUCCUGCUGGAUGCUCUCUUUGAAGAAGGCAACAAGGAAUGGGAGGAAGUGUCCCAGCUACUGAAGGAGGGCAUCAUGGGAGGUGUAGUUCAACCUCUGAAGACCACUGUGUUUGAUAGGGACCAAGUGGAGCAAGCAUUCAGAUACAUGGCUCAAGGAAAGCACAUCGGAAAGGUCGUCCUGCGGGUCCGUAAUGAGGAAAAGGGUGCAGCCGUCCAGCCUGCUUCCCCUUUGUCUCUUCCUGCUAUCUGUCGCACCUUCUGCCUUGCAUCUCACUCCUACAUUAUCACUGGUGGACUUGGGGGUUUCGGUUUGGAGCUUGCUGAGUGGCUGAUAGAGCGAGGAGCCCGCAAACUGGUGCUGACGUCUCGAUCCGGCAUCAGGAACGGUUACCAAGCUAAGCGAGUGCGUGAAUGGCAGAGUCAAGAUGUGAAGGUGUUGGUGUCGACCAGUGAUGUCAGCACGCUGGGAGGAACAGAGAAGCUGAUUGCUGAGGCUCGUGCACUGGGCCCAGUGGGUGGUGUCUUCCACCUCGCCAUGGUGCUUAAAGAUGGCAUGUUGGAGAAUUUGACUCCUGAGCUCUUCCUCGAUGUCAACAGACCUAAAUAUGACGGCACCAUAAACCUGGACAAAGUGACAAGGAAGUUGUGUCCAGACCUCAGUUACUUUGUGGCCUUCUCUUCGGUCAGCUGCGGCCGUGGUAACGCUGGCCAAAGUAACUAUGGCUACGCCAACUCAGCAAUGGAGCGUGUGUGUGAAAAGCGCCGCUACGAUGGCCUACCUGGCCUGGCGGUCCAGUGGGGUGCCAUUGGGGAUGUUGGUGUCGUACUGGAGACGAUGGGCGGUAAUGACACAGUGAUUGGAGGCACCUUACCGCAGCGCAUCGCAUCCUGCCUGGAGGUUCUGGACCGCUUCCUGUGCCAGCAGCAGCCGGUGAUGUCCAGCUUUGUACUGGCAGAGAGGACGGUGACAAAGCAGGAGGCAGGAGGCCAGAGAGAUCUGGUGGAAGCUGUAGCCCACAUUCUAGGUGUGCGGGAUGUGAACAGUCUGAACGCUGAUGCCUCAUUGGCUGACUUGGGCCUGGACUCUUUGAUGGGCGUGGAGGUUCGCCAGACUCUGGAGCGUGACUACGACAUCGUCAUGACCAUGAGGGAGAUUCGCCAGCUCACCAUCAACAAGCUGCGAGAGCUGGCCAACACCAAGCCAGAGGGAUCGAAUGAAUCUCCAAACACUGGCGCUAAGAAGGAUGGCAUCCGCUCUGUGUUGGAGUCUGACCUGACCCAGAUAUUAGUCAACCCUAAUGGCCCCACUGUGACGCCACUCAACAAGGUCCAGAGCCAAGAGAGGCCGCUGUUCCUGGUCCAUCCCAUUGAGGGCUCCAUCGCCGCCUUUAAGACGCUUACCUCCAAGCUGAGCGUACCUUGCUAUGGCCUGCAAUGCACCAAAGCUGCUCCUCUGGACAGCAUCCAGUCGCUGGCAGCCUACUACGUGAACUGUGUUAGACAGGUUCAGCCGGACGGGCCGUAUAGAAUCGCUGGCUACUCCUUCGGCGCUUGUGUAGCGUUUGAAAUGUGCUCUCAGCUCCAGACCCAGAAUCAGCGUGUGGAGUACCUGUUUCUGUUUGACGGAUCACACUCCUACGUGGCAGCGUACACACAGAGCUACAGGGCCAAGCUGACACCAGGCAAAGAGUCUGAAGCUGAAACUGAAGCUCUGUGUGCCUUCAUCCAGCAGUUCACCGGCAUGGAAUACAACAAGCUUCUGGAGAUUCUUCUCCCGCUGUCCGACCUGGAGGCCCGUGUCAACGUGGCGGUGGACCUCAUCACCUCCAGGCACAAAAACAUCAGCCGAGACUCACUGCACUUUGCAGCCACCACCUUUUACUACAAGCUAAAGGCUGCUGACGGCUACGUGCCUGCAACCAAGUACCAUGGCAACGUGACACUGCUCCGGGCCAAAACCAGCAGCGAAUACGAACAAAACCUGGGAGCUGACUAUAAGCUCAGCGAGGUAUGCGAUGGCAAAGUGUCAGUCCACGUCAUCGAGGGAGACCACCGCACUUUCCUGGAAGGAGAGGGGGUGGAGUCUAUCAGCAGCAUCAUUCACAACUCCCUGUCUGAGCCGCGGGUCACCCCAAAGGAGGGCUAAACGUCUCCACCCACACCUCCCACCUUCACGCUGUUUCCACGUUUCACAACAUUCCCAAAAUCUUCUUCCAAUUAAUUCAGGACGUGUAGGUUUACCUUGAGAAUCCAUUUUCAAAUCAGUGAUAGGUCAAAGUAACAGACACGCCCCGAACCUAUCACACUAAUAUGUGCUGUGAGUUUGUACAGAAUGAGUAAGAUAUUCUGAAAUAUGUCAUUAAGUUGCCAUUCAUCGUUUUUUUUAGUGUAGUGCGCAGAUCUGUUUCAAACCACUAGUGCCGUGGUGGUUCAGAAAGUGCCUGGUCAGUAGGCUGCUUGCAGCUUUGGAAAUAUCCUCCAAACUACUUCACUCUCAGCACUGACUGCGUAGAAUUAUCAAAACCUGAAUAUUAAAACUCUCUUGAGAGUCUAAACGGUAUUCGGCAUCUAACAAAUACUUCUAUCAAUCUAUUAAUGUUUUUGUUUUAAUUAGUCGAAGUACCUAAAUAAAAACUGUGCAGUUUCUGCUAUUGUCAGGUUCCGCAGUCAUUUGAUUGGCUCGUGCAGUUUGUUGAAUUUGGUUGUGGUAAAAGUCAAAGCUCUUAUCUCCCUUGUUUUCCGUUAAUGUUUGCGGUAAAUUCUGAUGUAAUAUAGCAUGUGUAGAUUUUUGUAGGCUGUCCCUCUAACAUCCAAACAGCUGUGAUGUGCGGUAAAGAGCUGUAACUCAUGUAGAUGUAGGACUUCUCUCACUGGAUAUGCACACAAACUGCUGACGUUCCGUUUCUCCUCACUUAACAUUUCAAGAAUCUGACCAUUUGUUACUGGUAAUACAAACUGGGGGCAGUGUUUCGUUGUCUUUUGUAUUUGUUCAUUUAGUGACAGAGGAACGUGUUUACUUGCGCAUCCUGUGAGGAUGCGUUCAUAGUUUACUUUUUGUGUUCGUAAUUUUACUCCAUGAAGUAAUCAGCAACUGUUGAAAAGUUAAAAACGUAAAGCUAAACCAAAACUCACCGAAAUAAUGGAAAGCUUCUAAAACCUUCUGAAUGUGGUACAUGAAUUCUAAUGACAGUAAUAAUAUUAAAGUUUUCAAUCACUGUGAGCCAUAGUGGAAUAUAAAACAGUUUUGACAGGACACGGUGAGAAAACGAUUUUAAAAUGUGUUCACAAGUUUUGUUUCAUAAGUUGAAGUGUAAAGAAUUCCACUCUCUGCUUCUUCUAUUAUGGUACUGUCAGUUUGUAGAACCCAAUUAUUGGUAGCACUGAGCAAAUCAUUUUUACUGCUGCAGUUUACUGUCUGUUACAUGAAACAAACAUGGAAAACAUAUCAUCUGAAAAAAAACAUCCUGCUGAAGAGCAAACACUUGAGGCAAAUUUUUCUCAGCUGGUACUUCUUGAUGUCAACACAUAGAUGAUUUUUUUGGUCGCUCUGUUUUAUAACAAAUGAACGUUUGUGUGAACACAUGGUGAAUGGUUUUGUUCUGAAGGUCUAAACUAGCGACCACCGUUACUGAAUUUUAACAGAUGAUGAUGUAGUAAAUGUUUAAAUGCUUCACUCAAAGCUUGGGAAUGACUGGCGCCUGCCGGAUGUGAAGAGUGGAACUGAAAGGCCGUGUCCUCGAGUCGUCUCCACUUACCUCAUGUGCUUCAUGACCCCCAGCAAGCAGCCCAAUCCCACAAUGCAACACUUGGACCUCUGAGACCUCCAGUGUGGUCAGUGAAGGGUCCGGUGGUUGCACCAUGUGACAGUGUAGUCUGCUCUUGUAAUAUUUCCAGGAUGUAUUGAAUAGCUAAUAAAGGCAUCUCGCUAAUCA